AUGAGCGAGACCAGAAUCAAUAAGGAGCGUUCUGCGCGUCUCCUUGGGAUAAUUAUCGUUGCUGCAAUUACCAUCUAUUUGUUGUUCCAAGGUGCUUCAUACAAUGGUGGAUACAGCACUGGUGUGUCAUCUUCGCAGAAUGCAAAUCAGUACGAGACCGUUCGCAUGAAGGGUGAUUCCCGUGUUGUUGUAGACCCAAACACAGGGUUGAAGUACACCACCGUCGAUUCCGGUAAGUACACUGGCUCCAAGGUUAAGGCAACUUUUGUGACUUUGGCACGUAACGGUGAUUUGACAGAAUUAUUGUCAUCUAUUAGGUCUGUUGAAGAUAGAUUCAACAAGAAGUUCCAAUACGAUUGGGUGUUUUUGAACGAUGAAGAGUUCACAGAUGACUUCAAGAAUACAGUUGCUUCUAUGAUUAGUGGUAACGUCAAGUUUGGCCUAAUCCCUGUCGAACACUGGUCCUAUCCAAGCUGGAUCGACCAGGAAAAGGCUGCUCAAGUCAGAGCUGAUAUGAAAGCCAAGAAGAUUAUCUAUGGUCAUUCGGAAUCAUACAGACAUAUGUGUCGUUAUGAAUCAGGAUUCUUCUAUAGACACAAAUUGAUGGAUGAAUACGAGUUCUACUGGCGUGUUGAACCAGGUGUUAAGAUCUACUGUGAUAUCGAUUACGACAUUUUCAAAUUCAUGAAGGAUAACGAUAAGAAGUACGGUUUCACCAUCUCUUUGAGAGAAUACGAAGCUACCAUAGAAACGUUGUGGAAGACCGUUUUCGAAUUUAACCAGGCAAACCCACAAUAUUUGCACAAGAACAACAUGAUGAAGUUCAUCUCAGAUGAUAACGGUGCUUCUUAUAACUUGUGUCAUUUCUGGUCGAACUUCGAAGUCGCAUCCCUAGAACUAUGGAGAAGUGAAGCCUACACAAAGUUCUUCGAUCAUUUGGAUCAUGCUGGUGGGUUCUUCUACGAAAGAUGGGGUGACGCCCCUGUCCAUUCUAUUGCUGCUGCAUUGUUUUUGGACAAGAACCAAAUCCAUCAUUUCAAUGACGUCGGUUACUACCACGUUCCAUUCCAUUCCUGUCCAGUUUCUGAUGCAUUCAGAAGGGAUCACAGAUGUGUCUGCUCCCCAAGUGAUGAUUUCACUUGGAAAUCUUACUCCUGUACUCCACAGUUCUACAACGUUAGAAACUUGAAGAAACCUGAGGGCUGGCAAAACUUCACAUGA